UUAGACAUUUGACUUGGUAAAUGGUAUAGUUUGCUUACUUGCUGGUAUAUAUCAUCUAUUUCUGAAGUAUACACUGAAACUAAUGAACAUGAUUCAUAGAGAACUGCUUUAGGUCCGUUAUCAUCUAUCUGAGGUUACCUGUUCUAAUCAUAGAGAACUAAGUCAAUACUUGGGUAUGAAUUUGGUUUUUUUUUUCUUGCUCUGUUCUUGGGUAGGCUUGGAUUUGGUUCUAUUUUUUUUUUUUCUGAUCUGUUCUAAUCAUAGAGAACUAAGUCAAUACUUGGGUAUGAAUUUGGUUUUUUUUUUUCUUGUUCUGUUCUUGGGUAGGCUUGGAUUUGGUUCUAAUUUUUUUUUUCCUGAUCUGUUCUAAUCAUAGAGAAUUAUGAAAGCCAUAGAUAAUUGACAUUUUAUUAUAUAUAUAUUUAUAAGCAUAUAAGCUCUGCACGGACAGAUUUAAGAACUAGUUACUUGUUCUUUUUAUUUUUUUUUCUUUGAUUAUAGAUUUCCAUCAAAGAGUGUUUGAUUUGUUUGAUCAAAAUGUCAGAAAACACCUAAUGAAUCUUCAAGAAAGUAUAAUAACAUUCAUAAGAAAAAAGAGAUGUAUAUGUCUAUGAUCAAUGUUUUUAUUUCCAAGUUAAUUUCAAUGCAUAUUGUUUUAGUGAAAUAUGGUAGAGAGAAUAAAAACCUGUUUGUCAGUACCUUCUCCUUGCACCCAGUUGAAGCACCUAAAGAAAAAAAUUUAAUUAAACAAUCAAACCAAUAUAGCCAUGAUAUUUAAUCAGUAUAUACCAUACAUACCUCAACAAAAUGUCGAUGAACUAGUGAAAAAAAAAGAUAUACUUACUAUAUAUAUUAAUUUUCUUAGAUAGUAUCCUCCUUGAAAAACUAAAAUUUAAAUUUCAAACUAGUUAUUUGUAAUUUUUUUAAUUAAUACUUUCAUUUCCUAUAUUUGUGCUGAUUAUACGUGAGAUAUGUAUAUUUAAUGAAAUAAAAAUUUGAAAAUAUUAAAUUGUUUUUUUAUAAUAAAUUUUUAUUAUAUUUCCUACUUUACAAAAAUUAAAACUAAAUUUACAUUUUAUACUGAAUGGUUGUUGUUUCCUAAAUAUGUGGUUAUAGUUAAGUAAAAUAUUUUUUAAUUAUUAAAAAACUGAAUAUGCAUAUAUAUAAUAGGUUAGUUUUUUAAAUUAUGUUAAAGAUAUUUGUAUUAUUGACCCAUACAUAGGAAUCAGUUUUGCUGAGUCAUAUAUUUGAAUUUGGCUGUAAUCACUCUAACCGACCAAAGCAAAACUUGAUCGGAACAUAAACAAAAAUCAUGCACUCCCUCUCUUUGGGUUCGCACUCUCUCUCUCUCUUUAGGCUUUAGCCCACUCUCUCUCUCUUGAUCAUCUUCUUACUGAGCUCUCUUUCUUUGUUUGUGGAGAGAGUCACUCUCCCUAUGGUUUCUCUCUCAAAAAGUAUAUUCUUUGCUUUAUAGUUUUUAGUAGGUGGGUUUGAUUUUUUUAUCUCUAAAGCUCCACAGAAGAUGCAAAAGUUCCCCUCCAACUCUAGGCCAUUAAACUCAAAUUCCCAUUUGAUUUAAAGCUCUAUCAUUUUUUUCUCUAUCUCUCACUCAAAAAUCAAUCUUAAAGCUUGAGAAGAAGAACAAAGUAUUCUUCUUCUUUAUGCUUCUUACUUAGUCUUUUUGUGCUCUUUUUUUGGUUCUCUGGUGUACAAACAGAAUCCUAUAAACUUGGUUAGAGUUUUAGACAUUCAAAGCAAGAAACAUAAAUUUUAUGUCAAAGAUGAGUUUGAAAAGUCCACAAGGAUUUUGGUUUUUCAUUCACUUGUAUUGUCAAAUAAUUGCUAUUGAAUGUGUUAAAGAAUUAUUCAAGAUUCAAGAAGCAGAGGCUGCUUAUUUCUGUAAGAUUUAAAGUUUUACUAGUUGUGGCUUACAGUCACCAAUUGAUUGUUGACUGUAAGGUUUAAAGUUUUUCCAGCACUAACAUUGUCGAUUGUUGGUUGGCACACUGAGCUGAGACUUCGGAUUAGUAUCUACAUUCAUGUAGUAGAAGUUCAGAGGUUCUGUUUGGUAUCUUUCAUGUGUUGUGUUGGUAUCUGAUAGUUUAUUUUGGCUAUGGAUAGUUUGUGGUUAUCUAAAUGAUUAAUGCAGAUGAGGCCAAUUUUUGAAUUAUCUAUGAGAUCUGGAUUUAGAUAUUGCCACGUUGCGGUAUUAUGUAUUAUAGCUUUUGAGUUGAUUUCCCAAAUCUUUGAAUUUUCAUCUGAAUAAGCUACUCUUUUGGAUUUGAAGCAAUAUUGUAAAUUCUUUUUGUAAGAAUGUUGGUUUCAUGAAUUAACAUACAGUUGUGAACUCGUACGGUUGGAUUGGUUUGAUGCUCUCAGUAUAAGGUCAGAUAUCUGGUUCUUGAUUGAUAUCUUUCGUUUAUUUUCCCACAACUUUUGAUGUAUGCAGAGCAAGACAUCAACUGUUUGUGAGCUCAAUUGGUUCUCAGUACAAGGCUUGACAUUUGAAGUUGCCUUGUGAUUAUCAACUGAUCUGUUGGAUUUACUUUCUGUGGAUCACAUUUGAUGUUUGAAGUCGUCUUAUGAUUGUGAAGAAUUUACAAGCAUGGUGACCAACAUGAGAUUCGAUGAAGAACCCAAUUAUUCAAAGCUUAUUUCUCUUUUUGAUGGCAGCAUAGCUCUUAAUGUGUCUCUGCGACCAAUCAGAACUGAUGGGGUAGCUAAGUUUGGUCAAAAAAGAGGAAGAUCACUUGUGGAGUUAGAAGAUGGUGGGCAGCCUAGGAAGAACGUUCGAUCAGGUAGUCCAGUCUCUCAGUGGAUCUCAGUAUUUAAUUACAGAUCAGCAAUGAAGCAGAGUUGCUGGUGCAUGCAAUGGCAGUGCCUUGGUGGUAAUGUCUCAAGGAAUGACUUCAAGAGGGAGCAUGAAGUGGAAUUGCUGCCAACUUCUUUAUAUAUGUAAAUAUGAACUAAAAGUACAAUUUUUGACAUGUGUAUAGAUUUUUGUAUUAUGUUUUAUAUUGAUUUUGUACUAAAUAUUUUAUUUUAGUUUGUAUUUUGCUUAUCUAUUUUAUAAAAAUUAAUUUUGAUAUUUUAUUAA